AUGGAACCAGAAUCCAAGAAACCUCAACACCAAGCAAACCUCACAGUAAUAGCAGCAAUAAGUUAUUUGGGGAGCAAUCUACCUGCUCCUGCCGGAAAACAUGUUUCCACAACACUUGUGAAUCAACAAAGUGAUGAGCUGAUUGUCGUUUCAAUCCUCACGCCGUAUUUCUUUUUGGAAAUGCUCCGUCAUUGGAAAACACAGUGGGACAACGAAGAAAGUCUGCCGGAGAAAAGUUUACUGGACAAACCACAACUACCGACGACAAUCUGGGUCCACAAUACCAUCAACCAGAGUCAAAAACCUCAAAUUCCGAGACCAGGUCAAGGCGAUCAAAAAAAAUCCAUUUCUACGACAGACACUGGCUUUCAGGACGCUGCUUUCAACAACGGUAUCCUCAAUUCCGAAAACUCGAAACCCCAUACUAACCUCGAGAAAUCGAAAGUUCGAAUCAAUCGAACUAGAGACACCGUAUCCCCAAGCGAGUCUGAAUAUGAGAUAUUUGCCCAUAAGAUCCGGACAGCUCCCAAUGAACAAACCGUGCUGCUACAGACGUCUUCGUUACUCAAGGAUUAUGGAGCGGACAACUUGAGAUACGGCAAAGUAUACAAUCAAGCAUUCACUGCGUUUCCAAAGAAUGUCGGUUUCAAUACCGGAAUAUCGGCUCCACGGCCUGAUAUGGUUGAGGGAUUAGAAAUGCCAGAGUUCGACCCUUUCCUAGUUCGUCAACAGCUUGGUGGGGCUGCUGUGCCUACUUCGGGCACCAACGCUAUUACCUUGCCACAUCUGGCUGGAGAAUGGAAAGGGCCAGGGAAGGAUAUGAUCUUAGUACAAGCCCAGGCAGCACACGAUGGUGCUUGUAUGGUUUAUGGCAGGAACAAAGCACUUUCAUUCCUCGACAGUCCUGAUCCUACCGGUCAUGCAUUCGUUUCGACUUUCACUAUCGACGGUACUAUUCUCAACACUUUUGCGCACUAUUCAUCUGAAUCUCAAGGCCAACUCAACUAUCAUCAAUAUCCUAUCUCUAGCUCCUUACUUAUAUCAAGCUAUGAGGAUUUCAAAAAAAGCCGACGGCGGUUAAGAAAUCUACAGGACGAUGCCAAAGAAAUCUCGGAGAGGUUGAGGGACGAGCUGAAAGCCACAAGUGUACUAGCGGAGACAGAUGCAGCGGGGACAGAUGGGAAUAGUUACGACGACGAAGAUGGAGAAAACCCAAACAAUCAACUGCUGGCGGAGUACUGGUCAAGUUUCCCGACAAACGAUCCGUAUGACUCACGGCAAAUUCCAGCUACGAACAAUUUACAUGCUCCGCCUUACGCCAGUUUCCAACAAAUCAGUCAGGAUGAGCAUCAAAAUAAAGGUAAGCUUGGUGAAGUACCAUUGGAGAUUAAUGAUUUUGAAGGUACCGACUUGGAAGAUGAUAAGGAGACCGUUCCAUUUCGAAAAUUAAAACUUCGGAACAAUAUCACAAUCACGGAUUCGGAUGAUGUUGAUGAUAUUACACAAAAUCGUAAAAGAUCUCAUGUUGAUUUGAUGGUACCUGACUCGGAGGACGAUGGUUUCGGAAGGAAUGGUAGUGGAAUUCCUAAUAAAUUACAUCUUCCGGCUAUCCAAAACAGAAGGAUUGGCCGACAGUCUUCGUAUUUCAAUUACACGGUUGAACCUAUCGAUGCAGGCAGGGGAAAGGUCGUGUAG